UGGGAGAGCCCGCUCUGUGAGAGAAGCAGCGGCCGCGGAGAGGAUGGAGAAGAAGAUGGAGGAGAAGAGGAUGGAGAAGAGGAGGGAGGAGAGGAUGGAGGAGAAGAUGGAGAAGAAGAUGGACAAGAAGAGGAUGGAGAAGAAGAGGAUGGAGGAGAAGAUGGAGAAGAAGAGGAUGGAGGGGAAGAUGGAGAAGAAGAGGAUGGAGGGGAAGAUGGAGAAGAAGAUGGAGGAGAGGAUGGAGGUGAAGAAGAUGGAGAAGAAGAUAGAGAAGAAGAUGGAGGAGAGGAUGGAGGUGAAGAAGAUGGAGGAGAAGAAGAUGGAGAAGAAGACACUUUUCAGGCAGGACGAUGAAGACUUUCUUCCCCCUCGGACCAAAGAGGUGAGUCCAUCCUUGUGUUGCCAUGGUGAUGGAGACGGAGGUGAAGAAGAUGGAGGAGAAGAGGACACUUUCCAGGCAGGACGAGGAAGACCUUCUAUCCCCUCGGCCCAAAGAGGGGCCCCUCGGAGGAGCGAGUCGUCGCCAUGGUUACCGCCAGAGCAUCAGCACCUUGGCUUUAGACUGCUUACUGCUUCCAGCAGCGUCACAGUACAGUAACAGUCUACAGUCAUGGCUACUGAGGCCUGGCAACAACAACAACAACACCACUACCACGCUGCCAGUCCCACUACGUCGUC